ACCAAACUUGCAUCCACACAUACCCCAUUUUUAACUCUACCAUUUGUACCAUCUCUACAUAUUCUUCUCUCCCAUAUGAAAAAACACACAUACACUGUGGAUGAUGAGUAUGAUGUGAACAUGCACCGUGCCCAAAUCAGAUUUUACACGGUCAUUAUAUAGUGUAGCUAACAUCAUAAAUCACAGAUAAUUCAAAAAAGUGUGUCCAUGGCGUUGAUUCGGACGUCUGUUGCUCUGUUUAUACUCCAAAUUUGUCUUGCGUUUGGAGUUUCGUCUUCUGAAGAUGGAGCUGUCACCUUUGAUCUCGAUGUCUCGUAUAUUAUUGCUUCUCCGCUCGGCGUCCCUCAACAAGUUAUAGCAGUUAACGGGAUGUUUCCAGGUCCCGUUAUAAAUGUUACCACUAACUAUGAUGUCACUUUGAAUGUUCAUAACAGAUUGAACGAAAAUCUCCUCAUGACUUGGCCUGGUGUCCAUAUGCGGCACACUUCCUGGCAAGAUGGUGUUCUCGGCACUAAUUGUCCUAUUCAAUCGGGAUUGAACUGGACUUACAAUUUCCAGGUUAAGGAUCAGAUUGGUAGCUUCUUUUACUUUCCAUCUCUUAACUUGCAGAGAGCAUCAGGAGGCUUUGGGGCCUUCAUUAUUAUGCACCGCAGUGUUGUCAACCCACCUUUUAGAGAUCCUGAUGGGGAUGUAGUUGUCAUGAUUGGUGAUUGGUAUAAUAGGGACCAUAAGGCGCUAAGGGCAGACUUGGAUUCAGGAAAGGUGCUUGGAGUGCCAGAUGGAGUUCUGAUUAAUGGGAAGGGGCCUUACCGGUAUAACCCCACUCUAGUCCCGAAAGGCAUUAGUUAUGAGACGAUUAAUGUUGAUCCAGGUAGAACUUAUCGAGUGCACGUGCAUAAUGUUGGCAUCUCAACUUGUUUAAAUUUCCGUAUUCAAAAUCAUGUGCUGCUCCUUGUAGAGACUGAGGGAUUUUAUGUAACGAAACGAACUUUUACUAGCUUAGACAUCCAUGUCGGGCAGUCUUACACCUUCUUGGUUACUAUGGACCAGAAUGCUAGAAGUGAUUACUACAUUGUAGCAAGUGCAAGGUUUGUUAAUCAAUCACUGUGGCAGAGGGUUACAGGCGUUGCUAUACUGCACUACUCAAAAUCAAAACAGAAGGCAGCUGGUCCUCUUCCUGAUCCUCCAAAUGUUGCUUUUGACAAAUCAUUCGUGCUGAACCAAGCAUUAUCAAUCAGGCAAGAUGUUUCAGCAAAUGGAGCUCGUCCUAACCCGCAGGGCUCUUUCCAUUAUGGUUCUAUCAAAGUGACUGAUGUGUACAUCAUAAAGACUAUGCCACUGGUGAUGAUAAAUGGAAAAUUAAGAGCCACACUAAAUGGGAUUUCAUUCAUUAAUCCUGAUACCCCAAUAAGGCUUGCGGAUAAGUUCAGAGUCAAAGAGGCUUACAAGCUUGAUUUCCCCAGUAGGCCGCAGAACAGAUCACUCCAAAUGCAUACAUCCAUCGUAAAUGCUACAUAUAAAGGAUUUGUAGAGAUUAUAUUGGUGAACAAUGACACGGCAGUACAGAGCUUUCACUUGGACGGCUAUUCAUUUUUCGUUGUUGGGAUGGCUUAUGGAGAGUGGACUCCGAACAGUAGGAGUUCUUAUAAUAAAUAUGAUGCUAUAUUUCGCUCCACUACACAGGUUUUUCCUGGAGCAUGGACAGCUAUUUUGGUGUAUUUAGAUAAUGCGGGAGCAUGGAACCUUAGAGCUGCAAACCUUGACAGAUGGUAUCUAGGCCAAGAAACGUACAUGAGAAUAGUCAAUCCAGAACCUGAUCCCAGAAACAAAACAGAGGUUCCCACGCCUGAUAAUGUUCUUUACUGUGGUGCUCUCAACUAUUUGCAAAAGCCACGAAAGCCCUCUUUUACUUCAACUAUAUCAUCAAGCAAUGGAGGCUCAAAAUUGUUUCUGCUUCUUCUCCCAGUAUUCUCUGCUUUCAUAGCCGCAUUACUGUGAUUUACAGACAAGUGUCUCAUCAGAUGCAAUCUGGUGAAUGUUAUUGUUGUUAAUUUCCCAUUAGGUCUACGGUGCAUUGUAGUUGCAACACAGUGUAGGGUUAGAUUACUCGAUACAGUUAGUAUGCUCAGGUAAAAUCUUGUUUACACAAGCAAGUUACUCAGUCUGCUUUAUGCUCUGGAUCAACCAAUAGUUACUGAGUUUAGAGACAAAGAAAACGCAGAACGAAUAUGACUGAAUUUCUUGUUGAUUUGGGGGCUCACUUGCUUAUUCAGUUUA